ACGCGUAAUAAUGACGUAUCAAAUCGCCUCUUAUCUGUCAAUUGAGCAAGUUUUUUCCAUAAAUAUGUGAAAUAUCGUCUCAAAAUGGCAUUUCGUGAUAAAACUUGCGUGUUCCGCCAAUUUAAAAUGUAGUUAUAGAAUCCGGUGGAAUUUAACACAGUACAGCUAACACUGAUCGACUGCAAACCAGAAACAUGUCUUUCUUGGUGGACUCAGUCAUCAUGUUCACCUCGCAGGUGCUGUUCUUUGGAUUUGGUUGGCUGUUCUUCAUGCGGCAAUUGUUCAAAGACUAUGAGGUGCGACAGUAUGUGGUCCAGGUGGUCUUCUCUGUAACUUUUGCUUUUUCAUGUACCAUGUUUGAGCUCAUCAUCUUUGAGAUCCUGGGGGCCUUAAGCAGUAGUUCCCGGUAUUUUCAUUGGAAGCUCAACCUUUAUGUGAUACUGCUUGUGCUGAUUUUUGUUGUGCCUUUCUAUAUUGGUUACUUUGUUGUGAGCAACAUACGACUGUUGCACAGACAGCGGCUACUAUUUGCCUGUAUGGUCUGGUUCACCUUUAUGUAUUUCUUCUGGAAAUUGGGGGACCCUUUUCCAAUUCUCAGUCCAAAGCAUGGAAUCCUGUCCAUUGAGCAGCUUAUUAGUCGUGUUGGAGUAAUAGGAGUCACACUCAUGGCCUUACUGUCUGGCUUUGGUGCUGUGAACUGUCCCUACACAUACAUGUCGUAUUUUCUCAGGAAUGUAACAGAAAGUGACAUACUUGCUCUGGAGAGGCGGUUGCUGCAAACAAUGGACAUGAUUGUCAGCAAAAAGAAAAGAAUUGCUAUGACACGGAGGCAGAUUUACCAGCGUGGGGAAGACCAAAACAAGCAGACUGGAUUCUGGGGCAUGAUCAAGAGUGUGACCUCUACACAAACGGGGAGUGAAAACCUUUCUUUAAUUCAGCAGGAAGUUGAUGCUUUAGAGGAGCUAAGUCGGCAGCUUUUCCUUGAGACUGUAGACUUACAAGCCACCAAGGAAAGAAUUGAGUACUCCAAAACAUUCCAGGGGAAAUAUUUCAACUUUCUUGGGUACUUCUUCUCCAUUUAUUGCGUUUGGAAAAUCUUUAUGGCAACAAUAAACAUUGUAUUUGACCGAGUCGGAAAGACAGAUCCAGUAACCAGAGGCAUUGAAAUCACAGUGAACUAUCUGGGAAUCCAGUUCGAUGUAAAAUUUUGGUCUCAACACAUUUCUUUUAUCUUGGUUGGCAUCAUAAUUGUAACAUCUAUUCGAGGCUUACUCAUCACUCUUACAAAGUUCUUCUAUGCUAUAUCCAGCAGCAAGUCUUCUAAUGUAAUAGUGCUUGUUUUGGCUCAGAUAAUGGGGAUGUACUUUGUUUCUUCUGUUCUUCUAAUGCGUAUGAGUAUGCCACUGGAAUACCGUUCCAUUGUGACAGAGGUGCUAGGAGAGCUGCAGUUCAACUUUUACCAUCGCUGGUUUGAUGUCAUCUUCCUUGUCAGUGCUCUGUCCAGCAUCCUCUUCCUGUAUCUGGCCCAUAAACAGGCACCAGAGAAACACAUGGCUCUAUGAGCCGGAACUGAUCACAUGAUCAAAAUCAGAACUCUGGAGCUUGAACAUAGCCCCUUUUCCAGCUGAGAGAUGGAAGAUUACACUGGACUUUUUGGGGACGGGACACCUUAAAAUUCUCUUGCAAAUACUUGACGAUUGUUGACAAUUAAAUUCUACUGACAAAAA